AUGUUACAGUGUCUGAGACACAAGCUGAGACGCAAGCUGGGACACAAGCUGGGACACAAGCUGAGACACAAGCUGAGACACAAGCUGAGACACAAGCUGAGACACAAGCUGAGACACAAGCUGAGACACAAGCUGAGACACCAGCUGGGACACAAGCUGAGACACAAGCUGAGACACAAGCUGAGACACAAGCUGGGACACAAGCUGGGACACAAGCUGGGAGACAAGCUGAAACACAAGCUGAGACACAAGCUGGGACACAAGCUGGGACACAAGCUGAGACACAAGCUGAGACACAAGCUGGGACACAAGCUGAGACACAAGCUGGGACACAAGCUGAGACACAAGCUGGGACACAAGCUGGGAAACAAGCUGGGACACAAGCUGAGACACAAGAGGAGGAGGAGGAGAAGGUGA